ACUUAAUAACUUACAACUAACGAAAGUUUGAUUGAGACUAAUUUAUUGCUAAAACAGUUUAGCACCCACAUGAAUGUUGAAUUAAAUGUGCGCAAUGUGCACAAAGAAAAAUAGAUACAGAUGAUUUUAUUAACCACAAGAUAAAAGCAUUUUUGUUUCAAAUUGGUGAUAAAGUGUAGUUUCGUAUGUCCCGACUCCCGAUUUGAUCACAGCGAUAAAUUCGCCAUUCGCUGAGCGUGAGAGACAGAGAGAGAAACAACAAUGCUCUGUACAAUUUCUCGUCUGCUAUCAGCUGUUGUGUGUGGAGGAGAGAGUUCUAUAUAUAUGCACAGAGAAAAAUAAGUUUUCAAGAGGAAAGAAAAAAACUCAAAAGAGUUACCGGGCGUUUUAAACAAAUUAGUUGGUGAUUAUUUCAAAGUCGAAUUUUAACAAGUGUCGUGAAGAUGUCCUCGUUCUUUAGAUCGUUCGCCGAGCGGUUCACACCGAUCGUCAAGGCUGAGGACGAGGAGGCAGAACUCGUCGACCCGCAGACGGUGCUUCGAGAAAAAUGCUCGGGCACCAAGGAAUGCUCUAAAUUCAAGGAGGUACUCGACACCUGCAACGACCGCGUCAAUUCCAGAAGCCAGACAGCCGAGACCUGCGUCGAAGAGGUUAUCGACUUCAUGAGCUGCAUUGAUCACUGUGCCGCCAAGACCCUCUUCCACCACCUCAAAUAACCUGGCCCGUUCGACGGACAAACGAUAAUAUCAUUGCCACGAUUAGAGCUUUCUUAUUGUCAUUGUUUUGUUAAUUGGUUCUCUUUUUCACUGUCCUCUUACUUACUUGUAAAUAGAUUUGAUGGCAGUGUUGAGUGACAACAGUAACAUAAUCAUGUCCAUUCAAUGGUUAUAUACGCGAUCAAGUAAUAAAUAAUAGGCAUUUGUUGAAAUUCUAGUAAAAUUUACAUUUAAAUUAUUUGUAGUAUAGUUUUGAUUACUGACUCUGGUUUAUUUCUUUCAAAUACUUACUACCCGAGUUUUAUAUAUUCUUUCAAACAAGUUGAAUCCUAAUGUCCACUGUAGUUAAAUUAAAAAUAGUAUGUUACCACUUUACUUUUAUUUUUUACACUUAAACAAAUCUUAGUUUUUACCUGUAUAAGAAAGGAAUUUUUUCAAUUUUCUUGGAGUGAGAAAAAAUCAAUACUCGAGCAAGGACACGUUGCAUAUUAAUUAAUAACAUUUUAUUU